GGACGGGAGCUGGUUCCGGUCGACGCGGAGGCGGGGCGUGGAUGGCGAGUUGGAGGGGGUGUUGCCGCCUUGAGGUCAGAGCGUGGGGUGCUGGGAUGUGUUUGUUUGUUUGUUGGGACGAGUGUGAGAACGUGUGAGUUGACAUCGUCGCCGCUGAGCUUGCGGGGACUACCUACCUACCAUACCUGCUGGUUGUGCGUGCCGAGCCAUGGCAUACCAGUCCAGACCUGCACGCCAGAGCAAUCCGCCACAAGCCAGGCCGCAAUCCGCCGCAGGAGCAGGCAGGCAAUCAGGUAGCAGGUUUCAGCCGCGCACAGCACGCCCCUGCCCCUCUCUCCGUCACCUGAACAAGGAGAGAGAGAGAACGCCAGGCUCGAAGGCAGCAGUCUGGCACCACCACCACUACCGCCACAGCGCAAGGCGAGGCGCACUGCACUGCACAGUGCUGACGAAGAAGAUGCCAUCUGUUCAGCUCAGCUCAGCUCAGCUCAGCUGCGUUUGCGCUUGUAGCACACACUUGGCGGGGGUGGGGGUGGAGGUCGCAGUGGAACGGCUUGUGUGAUUGUGCUACUAUGGCUGUGGCUGUGGCUGUGGCUGUGACGGGCGGUGAGAGGUGUGAGUGGGAGGUGAGAGGUGAGAGGCUGCG